UCGACACUGUGGGGAACUGGGAAACAUUGGACCUCUGCUUGUUGGUCGAGAAGAAGGAGGAGGAGGUGUCUUGUCUGCCCGCCUGCUUUCUCUCCCUUUCUCUCUCUCUCGCUCCCUCCCUCUCUCAAUCAGCGAGGCUAUUGCCACCAGAGCCAAGAGUUGCCGUUCCGCGCACCGAUGCCAAAACGCGCAAGAGGAGUCAUUGCCAAAGGGUCAUUUCAGCGCACCGUUGCUGAGAUCGAAGGACUGUAGGGAACUCUAGAAUAAACAGCAGCCUCUGACCCCAGAUGAUAUUCUCACAUCAUUAGAAUUAAGACAAGGAAAGGAGCCAAAUAAGAGGCAAUACCUACCGCCGGUGGAGUGCACCGGACUUCAUCUGUCACCACGGCCGCUGCAGAGGUGGGCAGUCUUGGAUUUUCUUUUUUUUAAUCUGAAAAAGGUCAUUGCAAAAAUAACGUGCCCACUUAUCAGCUCAGCGGCCACUAACUGCUUCCUAAAACUGCACUUUGGCUCCCUCAAUCCAGGUGUUGCGUCCUCCGAUUAGACGCCGCUGCCGGACACUGUGGACACACUGCGCCCGCACCUCCAUCCUCACUGCGCUCCUUCACUGCGACCCCUUCACCUCCCGAGCGCGCAUCAUCAAAGCUGCAGCUGAGGACUGUGAAUAGCACAGGGAUUAGGGAAGGAAGGAAAGUUGGUCUCCUGUGACCCAGAGAAGACCGACACCACGGUCCAAGCCGACUCCAAGUGCCGUUCACCAGGCGAUGCCAGAGUAAAUGCCGGGGCAAUGUCCCGCCGCAAGCAGGUGAACCCGCAGCACUUAUCGUUGACGCACAGGGAGACAGCACAAGCAGAGGCCAAUCAUGAUUCAGGAGCAGGAUCUCCAUCACCAGAGCCAUCCACUCCCAGCCCUCGGAGGGCAGGACCCGGGGAGCAUGAUCUGCUGACCUGCGGCCAGUGCCAGACCAACUUCCCUCUGGGUGAAAUCCUGGUCUUUAUUGAGCACAAGCGCCGCCUAUGCCGGGGACUCGGGGGCGGACCGGGGUCUUUCUCCAAGCCUGGGGAGAGGGACGGGAUCACGGGCAUUCCCAGUUCUCCCAGGAUCAGGUCACUGCAGCUGGGUAGAGGGUCCAUUCCAGUGGAGGUGGGCAUCCAGGUGACCCCCGGUGGAGAAGAGGAUGCGGAGAGGAGGCUGACGCCGGCCAGGGGAAUCUGCCCCAAACAGGAAAGAGGAGAUAAAGAUGAACCAUCCAGCUACAUCUGCACUACAUGUAAGCAGACCUUCACCAGCGCCUGGUUCCUGCUUCAGCAUGCCCAGCACACUCAUGGCAUUCGCAUCUACCUUGAAAACCACCUGGUUAACUGCUCCCUCACUCCCCGCAUGGCGCUGCCUCCGCCGCCUGGUGCUGACGCCCUGCCCCGCUCUCCACUCCCGACUUUCCUCGGUGACGCCAACAACCCAUUCCACCUCCUCCGCAUGGCUGCGCCCCUGCUCAGGGAACACCCCCCUCCCCCGGGGUACAUGGAGACCCGGCUGCCUGCAACGCCACCUUUUGUCAGCCCUCCACCUCCCCCAAGACCUCCUCUAGAGCGGCUAGGCCCAGAGGAGAUGGGGCUGCUGUCCCAGCACCCCAGUGCCUUUGAAAGGGUGAUGCGGAUGACCCCCAUGGAGCCUCCUUCCAUGGACUUCUCCCGACGUCUGAGGGAAUUGGCAGGCAAUACGACUAAUAAUGGUGGGCCCACACCCCCCCUCUCACCCAACCGCGUGCCACCCACGCACCGCCUGCUGAGUCCCACGCUUUUCCAGCCUGGUGCCAAGCCCCCGGCAUUUCUCACCUAUGCCCCACAGCCACCCACCUCUCAGGCGGGACAUGGUUCCUGCAGCCCUCCUGACACCCCUGGUCAAAACCAGGCCCCGGGGAAAGUCAAAUCCUGCGAGUUCUGUGGCAAGAUUUUCAAGUUCCAGAGCAACCUGAUCGUCCACAGGCGCAGUCACACCGGAGAGCGGCCAUACAAGUGUCAUCUAUGUGACCAUGCCUGUUCCCAAGCAAGCAAGCUUAAAAGGCACAUGAAGACACAUAUGCACAACAAGUCUGGGUCAAUGAGUGGCUCCCCAGAGCAGGGGAAUAGGUUAGAUGGAGGAGAGGGUGAGGAAAAGAGCAGAGAAGGAGAUUCAAGAGUAAUGGGACUGGACAAUGAGGAGGAGGAGGAGGAAGAGGAAGAGGAGGAAGAGGAAGAGGAGGAAGAGGAGGAGGAACUGAGGAAUGGGAGUCGGCCAGAUUCCAACUUGAGUGAGGACUCACAGGAGUUAAGCCAGAACAGGGAGAAUGGCCCGACACAGUCUCCUGAGGAGAAGCUCAUGAGCAGGGACAGAAUAAAUGACAGUGGCGGGGUGAGCAUCAUGCACCCAUACAACCAUGUGGACAAUCAUCUUAGACUUAACCUUAAUAAGAGAAGCCUGGAGAGACAGUCCAACGGCGAUGGUGGAGAGAGAGGUGAAGCAGAAAGAGAAAGAGAAAGAGAAAGAGAACGAGAACGAGAACGAGAACGAGAAAGAGAAAGAGAAAGGGAGAAUGAGAGGGAGCAGGAGAGAGAGCGAGAUGAACAUGAGGAAGUUCAGAGGCCUGUGAUGAAUGGCAGAAUUAGUGUAUCUGAAGCAGAUUCCUUCCCUGGGCUGUUCCAGCGUAGACCCACCCCCAUUACCAGCCCAAGCCCCUCCAACAACAAGAGGAUCAAAAUUGAGAAAGAACAGCUGGAGCUUCCCCCAACCAUUCCUCUUAUCUCCCCGGAGAAUGUCUACUCUCAGCUCCUAGCUGGUUAUGCCGCUUCACGCCACUUCAUCAGAGAACCCUUCUUGGGGUUCACCGAUUCCCGUCAGUCACCAUUCGCCACCUCCUCCGAGCACUCCUCUUCAGAGACAGGGAGCCUCCGCUUCUCCACCCCACCUGGUGAGCUGAUGGAAGGAGGGAGCGCAUCAGGCCGCAGCGGCAGCAGCACUCCUCUUCUCCUGCGGGGACCAGGACCAGGGAGGCCCCCAAGCUCCAAGGACAGGAGGAAUGACACCUGCGAAUACUGCGGCAAGGUGUUCAAGAACUGCAGCAACCUGACGGUGCACCGACGCAGCCACACGGGGGAACGGCCCUACAAGUGUGACCUGUGCAGCUAUGCCUGCGCCCAGAGCUCCAAGCUGACGCGUCACAUGAAGACCCACGGGCAGUUUGGAAAAGAGGUAUACCGCUGCGACAUCUGCCACAUGCCUUUCAGUGUCUACAGUACACUGGAAAAACACAUGAAGAAAUGGCAUGGUGAACAUUUGAUGGCCAGUGGGGUCAAACUGGAGCAGGCGGACAGAGGUUAAGCCAGCAACCAUUAGAUAUACAGUGUACACAGGCAAACACAUACAUACACACACAUGCAUAGACACACACACACACUCACUCAUGCAUACAGUACUCACACACACACAGAGAAUCCUUAUAACCACUUCUUCAGCUAUGGGGCUUGGCUGGAUGUUCUCUCUCUUAGAAAUUUGAGACUGAUUGAUGUUCAUCUUUUUUUUGUCACAGAAACUGCCACCUGAGAAUAUAAACAAAGGGAAACUUUAAUGAGAACUUGUCUGGAAUGCCCUACUUGGUGUUUCUUGGCAAACUGUCUGAGGAUUUUAUCAGUUAGGAAUCCAUGGAGCCUUUUUACUGUGCAAUAAUUUCUGUAUUUAUUGGAUUUUUGUAAUGAUAUUUGGCAUGUGCAGGUACAUCUUUGUGGGAUUUCAUAUGGAGUUAGUUUUGAAAUGUGCUAAAAAAAGAGAGAAACCUUUUUUUCUAAAAAUGCGAUAUUGGAGAGACAUCCCCCUUAAUACAAAAUAUGUUUUGUUUUUUUUUUUCCUUAAAGGAAGCGUAUUAUGAUGUGAGAGCAAAGCUGUAAGAAGCCGUUAGCUUUUAAAAUUAAAAAAAUAAUCGUUUCUAUAUUAACUGCAGCAGCGGACUACAAUCCAUUCCCGUACAGGCCUAAAGCACUAAAUGUCAGCCUGACAAUAAAAUAUAAUGCUGAGUUUUAAAAAAACCCAACAUUGUCUUACAGACCUGAUAAUAUCAUUUUAACUUAUUCAGGGAAUUUGCCCCUUAAAAAAAAGAAAAAAAGACAAGAAACUGGCAUCUGAAUAAUUCCUAAAACUGUAUCGCUUCCCUUGCUACAGUAAGGACAUAAAUAAAGGUUGCACUUAAAGGAGGUACCCUAAACUGCUUAAUGCUCAGAACAUUCCUAUUGUAGGAUUAAACCAACAUAUUUAAUAUGUUGAAUAAGUUGAGACUACUUGUGAUUAAUGUGAGAAAAAGAAGAGUCCUGUUUAUGGUUUGUAAAUAUAUUCUUUUUUUCUCCUUUCUUUUUUUAAAUGUUAAAGUAGCCCUGACUUUACGUGAAACACGGCCUAAAAUUAAACAAUCAGAAGACCAGCUGCUUGCCUCAUCCACCGUAUAUGCUAAGUGUAACUACCAUACAUUAUUGCUUUAUCAGACCUACUUGAUUAUCUCUCCCCCACCUUAUGUGUGCUUACUCAAAGGUGAUUUGUUAAACGAAAACUACUUCAACAAUUGUAACACUUUCUCAAUCUUUCUCUAUCUCCCUCUCAUGUAGAUGGCAUCUCUCUCUCUCUCUUCGACCCGGGCCGAAUUCCCCUUGUUCCUUUAGGAUGCACAAAAUGGUUUUGAAAUGAAAUUUAUAUCAAUAUGUGUUAGCGUGUGUGUUCUUCUCACUGCAGCGUGCUCUAAGCCUCUCUCUGACGGCGUCUUUUCACAGUUCACUAGCUCAGAUUCAUGCAUUAGUGCGGCUUUUAAAAGGAAGCCGGUUCAUUCGCCUCACAAAGCGAUAUGGGUUUAACUCCCAGUAACAGAUUUUGAGACAGUGUGCGUGUUCGUGACUUUUGGGGAUUACGGUUUUUAUUUUCUGCAUCAUUCAUUCUGAAAUGAAUCUGGUGAAAAAAAAAGAAAAAAAAAAGAGAGGCUAUAUGAGUUAUGAUAAUUUUAAGCACAGCUGCACGAGGGGAUGGCCGGGGCGACCUUGAUGCGAGCUAUUCUUCUGAGUAAAAAUGAGAGACUGGAGCUGAGAAAUGAAGAAGUGUGAGACAGAAAUGGCCGGAGAUAGACAGAGCGAGACCUUGACCAGGGAGAAGAGUCAUUCAAAUGAAAUUGAAAGCACAUGAAAUGUGUGUUUCGAUUUUUUUCUUUUUUUCUUUUUGUUUUGUACCCAAAAUGCACAUCUAGUGGCCGCAUCUCAUAACGGACCCUCAGAGUAGCGAUGGAGUGAGCGUGAGAGGGAGGGAGACAGCAAAGCCACAUGAAAGGAGAUUGAGACUACAUCAGUCAUCUUACUACUGCAAUUCUCAAGUCAUCAAAAUCAUCCUCACUUGAAAGUUUGACCUGCCUCUCUGGCCUGUUGUCAGCUUUUAUGCGUGCCACUUUUGUUUUCGGUGGAAAAAAAGGGAACACACUGUACCUUCAAUGCAAAUUCCUUGUUUUGUGAUUCUCAGAAAGGGAAAUGGUGUUUAGGUCAAAGCAGCUCUCCAUAAGCUAUUCAGCUCACACAUAUUUCAAUAUAUUUCAGUGAAUUAACACGAGGCGGGAGAUCGUCUGAAGAACUCCGUUCAGCUUGCUUAAAGAUGUUGAUGCAUGGGUGCAAAAAUCCAAUCCCUGUUGUAAGUGAACAGUGUAUUCAUUCCAGCAGAAUUCAGCUCACAGUCAGGCCAUACAAUGAGCCAUACAAGUAUGAAAUACAUCAGAUUGAAAUGGGGACAGUGAUCCAGACCACACAUGGACAUUCAGUCUUACAAUAUGUUUACAGUGUUGAAGUAUGCCAUUAAUGAAAUACUCUGUGUAAGUGUUUAAAAAUGAUAAUAAAGUAUUGUUUUCUCCAAUGUUCUUUCAAAUGUUUUUGAAUGCCAUAGCAGUUUUGUAUGAUUAUCCUGGUGGAGGGAUUUUAUCUUCAUAAAUAUGUUUCUGUAUGAUUACUUGUUCACUGUAUGGGAAGACAAUUUUUUAAAUGUAAUAUUGCAGAAUCAUGCCAGAAUACUCUUAUUUUCUAAAAAGAAAAAGAGUGGUGCCAUUAUUGACUCAUGGUCUCACUUCAGUUUCCUUUUUGUUUGUAUGGUGAAGCUAUCCCUCAAGGAUGUAAAACAAAAAUUAUUAAAAAAGAAAAAAAAAAGAAAAAAAAAAUUAGAUGAGUGAACUAAAAAGCUAAACCUCUGCAGGGGAAUAUUAUGGUUUGUGAGGGAAUGCUUUCCAGAUUCUAUGAUACAUCCAUGGACGUUAUGUUUUCUUGCUGUUUUUUCCUCGUGGUUGGCUGAAGGUCUUGUGAUGGCACUUGCAGCUGUAAUUUUAAAUACAUUUUCAUAUUUCACUUUUCACUUACACUCUUUGUACAAAAUAGUUUCCUUGUUCUUUUUGGGGGGAGUGCAUCAUUGUGAAAAAAAGUGACUUCAGAACAGUACACGUCGGCUGUUUUGAACAUAUAUGUAUUUUUGUAAUGUGUUGAAAAAUCAAUACAAGAAAGCCAACACUUCAAUAAAUGUUGCAAUUGCUCUAUGACUGAAA